AUGAUCAGAUCAAGAAGUUAUCUUCGUGGAGUGAUUUCAAAGAGAUCUUCCACUAGUUUGGGCCGUUUGUCUAGCAUAAGGUUGGCUACAUCUGGUUCUGGUUAUAAUGAAGCCAAGAUUGAUGAAUUGAUUCAACUUCCAUCUCAUUUCCCUCGCCGGGAUUCAACUCCAUUUGCAUCAAAAGAUAUUCAAGAAUUUGUACAUACUGUAAGUGAGUCCAAGCUGUCUUCUGACGCUAGUCGUUCCUCUGGUGGUGCUAACACCCCACCAAGUAACAAUAAUAACAACAAUAAUAAUAAUAACAAUAAUAAUGACGAUGAUGAUAAUAAACAGCUCUCUGUUAGCGCAGAUACCGGUUUGUACCCUCCUUUAUUAGCAAUCCCAAUGAAGGAUCGUCCUCCUUUACCGGGUCGUCCAUUCGCCAUAAAUAUAACUGAUCCAGAAGUUAUUAAAUCCAUAUAUACCAUCAUUGAUAAAAGGGAACCUUACUUUGUAUUAUUCCACGUCAAAGAUCAAAACGAACCCGAUACUGAUGUGAUCAAGACCAAAGACUCAGUUCAUGAAAUUGGGGUUCACUGUCAAAUAAUCAGACAUACGACUCCAAGACCAGGAGUUUUCAAUGUUUUAGGUUAUCCUCUUGAAAGAUGUCUGUUAGAAGAAUUAUCUUCUCCAGAAGAUAGAAAACCUUUGACUGGCGAGCAACAAGCCAAAGUAACUAACGAGUCCUCAGGCGAAGAAGAAGGUUCAAAAGAGCCCAAUGAAAGCAUAGAAACUGAACAAGAUGAAUUUCCAACCGCUUAUUUAAAAAAUUUGAACGUAUCUUAUGCCACAGUCAAACCAGUUAAAGAUUUACCAUUUGAUAAGGCUUCUGCUGAAGUUAGAUCUUUGGUUGAAUCUUUGAAAGCUUUAUUAAGUAAGAUGGGUGGUAAAAAUCCAUUGGAAAAACUUCAAGUUGCAGAAGUUACUUCCCUCGUUAAUGAUCCUCCUAAAUUUGCUGAUUUUGUUGUUUCAGCCAUUCAUAGUGAACCUAAGAAAAUUCAAGAAAUUUUAGAAGAAUUAAAUGUUGAGAAUAGAUUAUCCAAGGCUCUUGAUUUAUUGAAAGUUGAAUUGAAAGCUAGUUUAAUCAAAGAAAACACUAUACAUAAUUUAAGUUCAAAAGCUGAUGAAUAUCAAACUCGUUUGUUUAUCAAGGAAUUCAUCAAAGAAUUACAGAAACGUGCAGGUUUAACUGAAUCAGAAGAAAAGAAAACCUCAAAGUAUGAAGAACGUUUGAAGCAUUUGAAGUUAACAGAUGAAGCUAUGGAGGCUUACAAAACUGAAAGUGCUAAAAUGGAAAACCAAAAUGAACACUCUUCUGAAUUAGGUGUCACUGAACGUUAUUUAGAUUGGUUGACUUCAAUUCCUUGGGGUAUUUAUAGUAAAGAUCGUUUCAAUAUCAAAGAAGCAAGAAAAAUUUUGGAACGUGAUCAUUAUGGUUUAAAGGAUGUGAAAGAACGUAUUUUGGAAUUCAUUUCAUUAGGUAGAGUAUCUGGUAAAGUUGAUGGUAAGAUUUUAUGUUUAGCUGGUCCUCCAGGUACUGGUAAAACCUCUAUCGCAAAAUCAAUUGCUGAAGCUUUGGAUCGUAAAUACGUUAGAAUUGCCAUGGGGGGUAUUCAAGAUGUUCAUGAAGUUAAGGGACAUAGAAGAACUUAUAUUGGUUCGAUUCCUGGUCGUAUUAUUUUCGCUUUGAAACAAGCUAAAACUUCAAAUCCUCUUCUUUUAAUUGAUGAAAUCGAUAAGUUAGACUUAAGUCGUGGUGGUGGUGCUGCCUCAGCCUUCUUGGAAAUUUUGGAUCCUGAACAAAACAAUGCUUUUGUUGAUAAUUAUAUUGAUGUUAAAGUUGAUUUAUCAAAAGUAUUAUUCGUUUGCACGGCUAACUAUUUAGGUAAUAUCCCAGGUCCUUUAAGAGACCGUAUGGAAAUUAUCGAUGUUUCCGGUUAUACAAAUAAUGAAAAGGUUGAAAUUGCUAAGAGACACUUGAUUCCAGAUGCUGCAAAGAAAGCUGGUUUGCAAGCUGGUCAUGUUGAUAUUGCAGAUGAUACCAUUACUAGGUUAAUUGAAAAAUAUUGCCGUGAAAGUGGUUUAAGAAAUGUUAAAAAGUUAAUCAGUAGAAUUUUCAGCAAAGCAUCUUUAAAGAUUGUUGAACAAAUCGAAUCGAAAGAAGAAAAAGAAGGCAAAUCUAUCGAAGCUCCUAAGUCUGAAGAAAAACAAGAAGUCGCUAGUAAACCAGCUAAAGAAGAAGAAAUAAGUGAGACCUCAGCUGAAAAUAAACCUGAAGAAGUAUCUGAAAACACUGCUACUGAGUUUGAAGCAUCGGAAGAAACCAAAAAGGAAAAUAAAGAUGAACACUCUAAACAAGAAAAAGUUGAAGAAGUUGAAGAAUUUGAAAAAUUAAAUAUUCCUGAUGAUAUCAAAUUAAGUGUCACUACAGAAAACUUGAAAGAUUACGUAGGGCCAGAAAUUUAUACCAGAGACCGUGUGUAUGAUAUCCCACCACCAGGUGUCGCCACUGGUCUUUCUUAUAGUACCUCAGGUAAUGGUGAUGCUCUCUACAUUGAAUCUAUCCUUACACAUUCUAUAAGCUCUGGCUCUGGGCAUGCUGGUAUGCAUGUUACCGGUAGUUUGAAAGACGUUAUGAAAGAAUCAGCAUCCAUCGCUUAUUCAUUUGUCAAACUGUUUAUGUCAAAAAAUUAUCCUGAUAAUAGAUUUUUCGAAGCAGCUGAUAUUCAUGUUCAUUGUCCUGAUGGGGCCAUUCCAAAAGAUGGACCAUCAGCUGGUAUUUCAUUCACUUCAUCGUUAUUGUCGUUAGCACUCAAUCAAUCAUUACCACCAACUGUUGCUAUGACCGGUGAGAUUACGGUAACUGGUAGAGUCUUACCUGUUGGUGGUUUGAGAGAAAAAACUUUGGGAGCCAAAAGAUAUGGCUGUAACACUAUUAUAUUCCCUAAGGAUAUUGAAAAUGAAUUGGAAGAAAUACCAGAAGAAGUUAAGGAAGGUGUUACCUUCAUCCCAGUCGAAUGGUAUCAAGAAGUUUUUGAAAAAGUCUUCCCAGAUAUCAGUCCAGAAAAGUGUAACAACGUUUGGAAAGAAGAGUUUGCUAAAUUGGACGCAAAAAAACAAAAUAAGAACAAGGAGUAA